AUGGAUAAACUCACCGUCAUAUCAGGAUGUCUCUUUCUAGCAGCAGAUAUCUUUGCUAUCGCCAGUAUUGCCAAUCCGGACUGGAUCAACACAGGAGAUGCAGCUGGUUCCCUGACGGUAGGCCUGGUGCGGCAGUGCCAGACCAUCCACGGUCGUGACCGGACCUGUAUCCCCCCGCGGCUGCCCCCAGAGUGGGUCACCACCCUCUUCUUCAUCAUCCUGGGCAUCAUCUCCCUCACGGUGACCUGCGGCCUGCUAGUGUUAUCACACUGGUACCGUGAAGCCACUCGUUACGCCCGCUGGAUUGCCUUCACUGGGAUGAUCCUGUUUUGUAUGGCAGCUCUUAUAUUUCCUAUAGGAUUUUACAUCGAUGAGGUCGGGGGACAGCCUUAUAAACUACCCAACAACACAGUGGUGGGGUCCUCAUAUGUACUCUUUGUUCUAUCUAUAUUUUUCACUAUAGUGGGACUACUGUUUGCAGGAAAGGUCUGCUUGCCUGGGUGACAUAUUGGACACUUAAGUGUCCCGCUUGCGUCGCCUCAUUAGCUAGCUUUUGAGGUGGCGCGAUUGGCUAAGACACUUGAGGAGGGCGGCUACGUGUGUUUGUAAGGCAGAGGUCCUGAGUUCACGCCAGGUAUGGGCCAAAUCGGGAGGAAGUGGUACUGGCUAAGCAAGCAGUGUGACAUCCUUUACACUAAGAGAAAUGCCUUCGGAGGUAUUUGCUCGACCUGACGUUUGAAAAUGGAUGCCUGGAAGGGAAAAAGAGGAACUGUGAGAAACACACUUUCUCUGCAUUUGUGGAACUCUCUGAUGCACCUUUGGAUGACAGGUCUCUACAGCCCCUGGUCCUAUAGGACAGUAGGCACUGUCUGUGGUCAUAGAUAUGGGAGGAAUGGACACCUAUCCAGUCCCUUCACAGAUCAGUGAACACAGAAGUUUUGUUCCACGAAUAGAGUGCCUUUUCGGGUAGUGUAACUUUUUAUUUCACCUAAUUUUAACAUUUUGUCAUAAAAAGCACGUUUUAACGUCAUAACAAACAUGUUUGUCCAACUCCUUUUGAAAAAAAAACAUUUAAAAAGGAAUCAUGUCACCAUAUUUAAACGAGAGUUCAGUUGACGUAACAGGGUCUGUUCAGUUGACCUUAAA